GUCAGGGAGGGGAUUUUUCUCUUUCAAAAGGAGCCCGGUCCCGGUCUCAUCAUCCAGACGCCGCGACGAGUAACGUCUGAUAAAGAGUAACUGACUUUGAAAUAAAUUAGCUUGGUAAAGAGAGGCGAGUCGGACACGGCAGGAUAAGAAAACCGCCGGAGUCGAAGCCAGACAACCAUUAUGGAAGGAGCCAAGGGCAGCGAGACGGUGCUGAGCGAACUCGAGUCGGCUAUCGAAACCGUGGUAGAGAAUUACAACAAAUACUCAGCCAAAGAAAACUUGUUGAGAAAAGGGGGGAUCAAAAAGUCCAACUUCAAAAGGAUGCUCCAAAGUGAGCUGAGCCACAUGUUGACGGACACCACGAAGAAGGAGGCAGUGGAAAAACUGUUCCAGGACCUGGAUCAGAACAGGGACGGGGUGAUCGAUUUCGACGAAUAUUGGGCCUUGAUCGGGAGCAUUGUGAAGCCCAUCGCCCGCGAUAAGCAAUAAUAGGUGGAAAAUAAAGGCGGCCGCUGAAUCCAAGGGAAACAAUCCAUUGUAAUCACCCCAAAGACCUUCGACCGCCAUUUUUAACCCCCUAAAUACCUUGCAUUUUGGAGUAGCUAUUCCUACCCCAUGUGGGGCAGGGGAAAAUUCAGAGCAGGGGCGCCUCAGGAAUUAAGGCAACUGUCCAACUGGGAUUAAGGUUGGCGUCUCAAAACUUAGGACCGCUUCUCUUUUCUUUGUGAAGUCUUUCUCCUCCAACAAGCUCCCGGUCCUCAUUGAAGACGGACGAAACCAACUGUUGUCUCUCUGCAACAAAACGCACGUCGCCCCUGACUUGGGGUGAGGGUGGUGGAAGAAAGAGGGAGACAGGGGAGGGGGGUUUUUCUUUUGAAACAGAAGCCCGUCCCAGUCUCGUCACGCAGGGGCUGGGCGUAACUUCUGGUAGCACUAAACAGACUUUGAAUUAAAUCAGCUUGGUUCAACAAAGGCAGAGAGGCCAGGAUAAGAAAAUGGAGUCCAGCCAGACAACCGUCAUGGAGGGAGCCAAGGGCAGCGAGACGGUGCUGAGCAAACUCGAGUCGGCUAUCGAAAUCAUGGCACAGAAUUACAACAAAUACUCAGCCAAAGAAAACUUGUUGAGAAAAGGGGGGAUCAAAAAGUCCAACUUCAAAA